AACACCAACAACGCGACAUCCUUAUUGCUUUUCAAGCCCUGUUUCAAGACCACACGGGCGCUGCCCAGGCUGAUAUCGUCGCACAUGUUCUCCGCGAUUAUCGAAUUACUGGAAAGCUGCACUGCUUUGUGGGCGAUAAUGCUGCCAAUAACGACACCCUCGCCGUCGCCCUUGGAAAUGAACCUGAUAUUUCCAUGGAUAACAACCACCGAAUUCGCUGCGCUGGCCACAUCCUCAACCUGCUGGCAAAGGCUCUUAUUUACGGCGACGGCGUAAGCAAAUUUGAGGAAGAUUUGGCCAGGGCAUCGCCGCAGGAGCAAUACAAGCUUUAUCGUCGUCACGGCGUUGUUGGUAAGCUUCACAACUUCGUGAAUUCGAUUUGCAACUCACACAAACGCCGUCGCACUUUCCACUCCAUACAACGCGAGGUGCUUGACGAGGCAGGCUUUAUCGAGUUCGCCACCCUUAACUUAGUGAAAGACGGCGGGAUACGAUGGCACAGCGUUUACCUAAUGCUCCUGCGCUGCGAGGAGCUUCAAGAGACGAUUCGAAAAUACUUCAAAGCUCUGCGCACUGACGCCGCGACAAUUGACGACGAUUACGACGCUGCGACUGACGCCCUGUCAGGUGACGAUUGGGAUGAGGUCUCCGCCAUUAUCAAAGUGCUACAGCUGUUUUACGAGAACUGUAAAUCCUUGGAGGGCAACACUAGCCAGAGUGGAUUUGGCAGUCUCUGGCAGACGAUCGUCAACUUACAAGAAAUCUAUGAGGUCCUUACAGAGGACGUCAAUUUGAUUGAAGGCGUUAAGCACUCUACGUACUUGACGCAGGGUAUCAACCUGGCGCGGGAGAAGCUUAUUACGUACUUUGAAAAGCUCGUAAUCUACCCAUCGCUCUCUCUAUAUUGUGUCGCGACGGCUCUACAUCCUCGAUUACGACUACUCUGGUUCAAAACGCACUGGAAACACCACAAGAUUUGGCACAGAAAGGCUGAGUCGUCUAUCCACGCCGUCUUCAAGAAAUACCUGGAUGCCGAGGACAACAACACCAUAGAAAUCGACGACGACGAGCCCUCUGUACGUAAGAUCCCAGGCGCCUACGCCGACGACGCUCGGCGACAGCGUACAAUGGCGGUUGACGUCAGCCUUUUUACAGGGCGUAAGUCGUAUAAGCGCCACAAACGGGUAUCCCAGUUGGAUGAGUAUUUAGAUAGCAUUGACGAGGAUUUCCGCGCAGCGUCCUUGUCCCUAGAGCUCUCCAAAUUGCUAGACGAUCCAUACAAAUGGUGGAUUAUUGAGGGACAACACCGCUACCCUGUUGUCUACAAAAUGGCGAUGGAUCACCUCUCGAUACCCUCAACUUCGUGCGAUUGCGAGAGAGCCUUUAGUACAGCAAAACGUACAAUUACGUGUGACCGCAACUCACUGUCACCAGCUGUAAUAGAGGCGACUCAACUCCAGAAGAAUUGGAUCCGGAGACGUAUUGUCCCUAGUAGUAUUGUCAAGCUUAUUGACUAUAUACAGACGCGCGACGGAGCUCAAAACACCAUACAGACGGACAACAGAGCUCAAAACACUAGGAUUUCUCACAAUACCCCAGAUUACGACGCAUUUACGACGUCAAUUUCGUAAAGGCGACGUAAAGUAAUCGUAGUAUGGGGGGCGCCAUCGUAAUCGUACCGUAUGUGGCC